AAGCUGCGAUGCUCAAGGAGCCAGGAAAGCAUCCAAGACCUCUCCAAACACUUUUUGAGAACGACUACAGCAAGUUAACUCCACAGGCCAAUUCUCUGCUGAGACUCCUUUCUUCUGCUGUGUGACUGGGUAAUUCCUACGAAGAAAGACUAUUAGCAAUAAGCAUGCUGAAUUACUCUCUUAUAAUGGAGGAGAAGUCACAAGGAGGCCAGGAAAAGAGCAGGAGAGACAUAUUGAAAUCUACCAAGCAGGCAUGGGCUCCCCUGGAUGAGCAGCUGCCCCCUGGCUCUGAGGAGGAGGACCACAGUCUCACCACCCCCAUACUGGAAGAUUCCAAACAAGAAAUUAUUCAGCAGUGGCUGGACUCUGGAUUCUUUGUCUCUGUAAAUGAAAAUUUUCAGCCAGUCGUCGACCACAUUGUUCCUUUUCCUGAAAAAGGAAUGGUUCAAAUGACUGUGAAAGACUACAUGAGAUCUCUGCAUCCGUUUUCAGAAACUCCCACUCUCUCCAGAGGGACCAGUUUCAACUCUUGCCAUUCUGCUGCCAGUAUACCCCAAAGCAUUCCGGAAUGGCUGGAAUUUUGGGAAAAAGAUCCAGUGGAGAUUCUCUUGGAUCUGGGGUUUGGUGCUGAUGAGCCAGACAUCUGCACUCGAAUCCCAGCCAGAUUCCUGGGUUAUGGCUCAGCAGCCAGAGGAAUCAACAUCCCUGUUUUUCUUGAAGCUCAAAAGCAGCGAAUGGACACUGAGAACCCUAACUUGUACAGUCGUUUCCGACAGCUAGAAAUACUGGAUCACGUGGCCAGCACUUUCUCGUCUUUGCUGAACGAUGUUAACAUCUUGCAGAACAAAGCUGAAGAGGAAGAAGAAGGAAAAGGUGUGCAAAGAACCUCAGUGAGUGAAGCCAAAGAACAUCGAAGAAGAAUAGGUAAACUUUUUAGGAAAGGUUCAAAGCAGAACAUUGGAAAGGAUUAUAACCUGGGAGCAUCAGAGUCACUGAAGACAACAGACAAACUUUCUAUCGCCUCUACAGACGCAAGGGAGUGUGGAGCACAGGUACCAGCUGUGACAAAGAAAUAUGCCCAAAGUCGUUUGUCUCCUUCGGCAGAGCACUGGUCUCCUCAAGCCUGUGACAGCUUGACACCUCAUCAUCCUCCCCAGGCUGUUCUGAGCAAACAGUGGCCUCAGUCAUCCAUGCUGAGCAAGCAGGCUCCUCCUUCCUGUGUGGCUGAGGGGUCAGUCAAGGACAGAACUCGAAAGGAGAAUUCAAUUCAGACUAAUAAACUCAAGAGCUUGUCCCGUCUUUCAGGCAAAGCACCAGACUCCUUCGAAAUGGAAGAGGUCCAGAGCUUUGAAGAAGAGACCAGCAAUCCUCUCGACAUGACUUCAGGAACUGCAGGAGCCAUGGUGAACAGAGCCAACAGCUUCCAAUCUGACAGCAGCGGGUUCCUGGAGGAGCCGCCGGAGCCACCACCCCUGCAGAUAAUCCCCUUGUCAAGCAGCCUGAGCCUUGCUGAGAAUGGUUAUGGAACGCCAAGGGCUCAGAGCCACAGCUUAGAGUUCUGUCAGCAAGAGUCAGAUGAGUCUGAUUCCAAGAGUAUAGUGAGCACAUCUUUUUCAAGUCAAGACUGGAGUGUCUUGGAAGAGAAAGCCUCAGCCUCUAUGGUGGAGAAAGAGUCUCAGUCAGAGGGCAUGGGGUCGACCCCAGAGCUGUGGAACCAAGAUCUGGCCCUUGAUAAGAGCAUCUGUAGGGGAGAACUCCCAAGGAAAGGUGGCCAUCUGCAGCAACACCCGCCCGUGCCCCAAACUGAAUACGAGGCCAAUGCAGGCACAGUUCCCUUCAAAGAUGGUGGCUCUGUGGGUGUUAUGAUGACACACAUCACAGAUGCCAAGGAUGGGCUUCUGUGGCCUGAGCGAGCUGGGGAAGUAAAUGUGCACAACCACCCCUGUGAGUCUGUGAAAUCACCCAGAACUGAUCCUGCUCCAGACAAGUCCCCUCAUGAUGACUCAGAGGCCCCAAGAGGAACAGAAGGCAGCAAACUCUGUCGUUCGAUCAACGGUGCCUUACUGAUGCAAAACAGUGUCUCACAGCAUGUCCCCAAGCCCAGGGAAGCCAUGUCUUAUACAGGGGACCUUGUUCAAGCUUCUGGAAUGUCCAUUCUCCAUCUAGAUAAGGUGGCUGGAGAUAGUCCCCGAGGGAGACCAAUGUGUAGAGCUUUGGGUCAAAUACCACCUAGGGAAGAAUCUGAGAUGGGAGACCUUCCUCCAGAUACUAACUUACAUGCUGCUAGCUCCAUGUCUGUGACAAUCCAGCCGUCCUCCAAACUGGCAUCACCUGCUCAGAAUGCUGUGGUCUUGGGAACAGAUUCUAGAGGAGCGAUUUUAGAAUGCACUGUGUGUGACCCUGUUACUGCAGCAGAACCAGUACUGGGGUCAGAAGCAAGACAGUUCAAUGAUGUUUCUGUUCAGACUGACACAUGGGAGCCUCCACCCUGGCACUGCUGUUCGGCUCCAGGUAAAAAGGCCCCGCCCCUCACCAAAUCUGUCUCUUUAGACACAGGCUUUCCCAGGAACUACCCAGGGACCAUCUGCCAAGCUGUGCCCACCCACUGCUGUAUCUGCUGUCGUCACCACCUCCACUGGCCCGCGGAGAGGCAAAGCCCCGGCUCUAUGUCUUCAACUUGUUGGCAUUGCUCAUGCUUACAUAAUCAUCUGGAAGCCCAGUUCACGAAGACUUUGAAAGUCCUUCAGGACACCACAGUGAGGGAGCUGUAUUCUUGCACAGUCCAUGAGAUGGAAACAAUGAAGACGGUGUGCCAGAGUUUCCGGGAGUAUUUAGAAGAAAUUGAGCAGCACCUCAGAGGACAACAGGCACUCCUUUCCAGGGACAUGACAGGGGAGGAAAGGGAGGAGGCUGAGCAAUUGCAGACUUUACGGGAAGCCCUGCGGCAAGAGGUGGAGGAGCUGGAGUUUCAACUGGGAGACCGGGCUCAGCAAAUCCGAGAAGGGAUGCUAUUGGAGCUUGAGCUUCUCACAGGGGAACCACCUGAAAACGACACAAAUCUACAUCGAUAUAACUGGACAGGAGAAAAGAGUGGCCGGACUCCAUGUGCUAAGAUCCACUCUGCCGUGCAUCCCGGGGCUGCCCUUCCUCCUGGUGAUGGCCAGCAGCCUCCCUGCUCAGGGUCCCAUUUAGCUACCUUUACUCCACACAUCUUGGGGAGCAGUACCAGGAUGUCUCCGCCAUCAUGGGCAGAAUUAGAUCCAGGCCCUCCAUCAAAUUGUCCUGUUGGAGAAGAGGAUACAGAUGUCUUCCUCUAGGUCGGAGCAGGUUUGAUGACCUUCCUACAAAAUGUAAAAGCACAUGCUAGCCAGAGCAAGCAUAUCUAAAUUUUCCCUACGGAGAAAUACCUAUCAAUCCUUCAUCAGCUGUUUUUUUAAUAUUCUACUCUAUGGUUAAACCUGGGAGGAAUAUGUUAAUAUUCAUUUGAUAUAGGAUAAGUGAGCACCUACUAUGUGCCUAGCGUAGAGUGCAGCAGCCAAGAUAGAUAGAUACAUACCUCAAGGUGUAUGUGGUGUCCAGUCUUUGCCCUGCUGAAACUUAGAGUAUGCUGGGGGAGACAGAAUGUAAACAUAUACAUAGGUAUGAAUUUGAAAACUGUGAACGUGCUUUGAAGGAAAUAUAUUAACAGGGUUUCAUGAAAAAGAGUGUACCAGGGAG